GUGGUGUCAUCUGCAUAUCUGAGGUUACUGAUAUUUCUCCCAGCAAUCUUGACUCUAGCUUGAGAUUAUAAACUCCUUUUGCCUUAGUUGGCAACCAAAGUGAUGAGCUUCUCCCUAACAUCUAUAUUUAAAAAAAAAAAUCCAAUAAGCAAGAUCUUUAAAUCAAGGAAAUUUAAGCAAGAGUCUAGAAAGUACUACUCUGAGUACAAAUACAGAAGGGCAAAGUAGUUUUUUUUUUUUUUUAAUCUCAAAUCUGUUACUGCUUUUAUUUCCCUAAGAUGGAAACAUGGAAAAAGCAGUCAUCCCAGGCACCUUUGGGGCUUUCCUGAGCAGCCCCAAAACAGUGUUGUCAAAUUAAUAGCAAUUAGAAUCAUUGCUUAAACAACUUGCCAUUUAUAUCUAAUUACCAUGCACUACAAUAAAAAUUAUCAUGACAGAUUCAUUUUGUUGUAAGUUUUAUUUAAUUACAAUCGUUAACAUCCAUGUUUUUGUCUUAGUUUACUGUUUACUUGUUAUAUAUAUUGCCUGUUCAGAACUGAAAACAUUUAAGAAACUAGUAGUUCUAGGGCUUACUGGGGUCUCUCUCUCCCUCUCUCUCUCUCUUUUUCUUAAAGUAGUGUGGUAAAGGCUUGCUGCCUUCUGUCUUGGUCGAUGUGUAACAGAGUCCUGUGGAAUGCAGCCCUUAGCAUGCAGCCAUUGCUGUUGGCUAUUACCUUACAGCCCGGUACCCUUAGUGGCCCUGCUCAACCAUUGGUUGGUGCCACAGUGGCCCCUCCCACAAGCGACCAACUGUUAGUGAGCAACCGUUAGUGGUCCUGCUCAGUCAUUGGUCAGUACCACAGUGGGCCCCUCCCACAAAAAACUGUCAGUGAGCAACUGUUAGUGGCCUAGUCAAUCAGCUGUAGGCAAAGUGGCGGUCCUCAGGCUAAGAGUGAAGUUAGAGACGGAUCCUGACUUCUCCCAGGGCUCACCCUGCCUAGGGCCAGUGGGUGAACAGGGUGGCCCAGGAAACAGGCUGAAGGCUGUGUUCUGCAGGGCUCCAGAGCCCUCACCAAGGCCGCCCACUGGCCAGGCCCAGGCCCUGAGGUGGCAUCCCCCAUCCCCGCCCUUGCCACCUCAUGGAAGCCACCGUUUGAAUAGAACGCGGUCUGCGGAAUUGGCCCCUGCCUCUGGGCAGCCUUAGGAGCCUGUGAGAGGGCUGUGUCCCGGGCAUCUCGCUCCUUCAUGGAUGCUGUUUGGUCAGGGUCUGGGGAUCUGGCCCUGAGGGAGCCGCCAGCUGAGCUCUGCCUCCUCUCCAAGCCAGGACGAGACCUCAGAGGAUGAAAGUCAUGCCUGUCGUGCCUGAGGGCCUGGUCGUUUCUUCUCAGAACCAGGAAUAACACUUGUUUAGUAUAGAUUUACAGGAACAUCAUUACCUGACCAGGACUUGACCUUGGGAAAGGCUCCACUACACCAAGGAGUUUAAACACCUCAUCAUGCCCCUUCCUCCCCUUUCCUAGAAAAGGGCUCUGCUGAGAGCUUUUGGGGAGUCUGGGGUUUGAGAGCUGAGCCACCUGUCUCCUCGGGCCCCCUACACUAAAUCUUACUCUGCACCAAAAGCAGACAUUUCCGUAUCUUUUGGCCCCACUAGGUCGCAGGGUACAGAGACGUGUGUUUCAGUAACACAUGAAGGCAGAGACCCUGCCUCCACCCCCUAAAGUCCUUUCCCCGCUCUGGGUCCUCCUCUAAGGAUGUGGCUUCUCAAAAGAGGAGACCCAGAGUGACAGGGCGGCAUGGGUGGAGUGGGACCCAGGCUCCUGACCAGACUUGGACUGAUGGGCCUGUGUCUGGGGAUGGGAUCGGGCCAGCAUCCUGACUGAAGCUGCCAUCCUGGGGGAGCCAGUCAUGCUUUGGGCUCAGACCUGUCCCGCGGGACCUCGGCCUUCAGGGGAAUAGGGCCGGCAGAAUGCAGAUGCCCCAUCCUGGUUGCUACGGGCCUGCCUCACCAGGCAGAGGACGCGCAGCUACUUGGUGGGAACCGAGGACCCAGCCCAGCGAAGGAUGCUGCCUCCCCACGCAGAUCUGGAGGGGAGCCUGCGGGCAGAAAAGAUCUAACAUCAAGUGACCCUUGAAGAGCUACAGCACUUAAAUGCACUCUUUCAGGAGUAUGAGAAGAGAGGAAGACAGCUGCUGGAUAUGGAAACUUUCAAAUGCAUAAUGAAGCAGAGCAUGAGGUCACGGAAGAAAAGUAUUAAACAAAUAGAACAACUUUUCAUGAAAAUAGACUAUGAAGCAGUGGGCAGAAUUCAGUGGGAUGGCUUCUGCACGUAUUUGCAGCUAGUAUAUUCGGAGCAGGCUGGUGCUCGGGCUCGACAGCAGGAGGCCUCCUUCCAGCGGCCCGCUCUGCUACAGGGGCUGUCGUACAGGGCUCCCGCGCUGCGCAUUCUUGCUGCGCCUGAUGACACCUUAAUCAUGAUCAGAGAAGAUGGAGCCAUUUAUUUCUGGUCUCUGCAGCUGAAGUUGAAAAGAAGAAAGCGGGUUUUUGACAAGCCCAUUAUUCAGAAGUCCAGGUGGGUGAUGGAUAUUACCAUCUUGCCCCAGUACAACAAACUGAUCCUAGCGACUGGGUGUGUGUCUUCGGCUGUUCAACUGGAACAGGAAUCAUCAUUGGUCUAUGGAAUUCAUUUCCAUGUAAAUGGUGAAAUCCAGUAUGAACUCUCUAACUUGGAGCCGUACUGUCAGAUUGGUGGCCUGGAAGCUGUCCCGCUGAAACUGAACUAUUGGUGUCCUGGCUCCCGUGGAGCCCGUCAUGACAGUGCCACUUGUCGCAGUGGUGUCCAGAAAGGAGCGGCCUUCCUGUGUCUGUGGAGGAAAGGGAGGCCCAGAGAGGUGAAAUGGUUUCUGUUAAUGAGAUUAUGAAUUAUUCUAUGUUUUAAAUGUGGAUGUGUUAAUUUUCCUGAAACCCAACUCUGACCUUGUUACUCUGCUUUUGAGUGGUUGCCGAGUCCUUCUCCAAUAAUAUUCACACCUUUCAGUGGCACCCAAGCCUCCCCUCCCGACUGCCAUUCUACCCUCCCUUUGCACUGGGCCUUCAGGGCCAACCUAAACAGAGACCCCUCAACUCUACCCAGGCAGGUCUGGAUGCUCUGGAUGCUGUUCCACUCCCCAGUCAUCCUUCCCAUCGUGUUUCUAAUAUGCGCCUGACCUUGCUGGAUAUGGGGACACACAUCAAUGAGACAUGAUUCCCAAAAGUUCUCACUGUCUCACAGAGAUGGUGGGUUCUGCAGAAAUCCUACCAUUCUUUACAGCCCAAAUGUUAUCUUCAUGAAGUCCCCUGAAUCUGCUUCUCACCCAGAAACCAAGUGUCCCCCUGGAAGCAUCCCCGGUCUGUGGCUGUGGUGGCCCUUACAGACAUCACUGGUACAAAGUCCUGAGUCACCCACGGGUGGCACCCACACUUCAGUCUUUGCCCUGUGCUCUCUGGCACCUACACAGACUGGUCCGUAGUAGGCUCUCAAUGAAACACUUAUUGAAUAAUCACGUCAGAAAUCUCUUACUGAUUUCAAAAGGAGGAUCCAGUUUUAUUUUGCCUUUUCUGUCCCCGCCUUUGCUUUUCUUGCUGCUUGAUGAUUUCAGUAAAAUAUAUCUUUCAUUCAGUUUUCUUCCACCUAUCAUUUUGUAUAUUGAGAAAUAUAGAGAAAAGUUGAUGGAUUUAGAAGCAAGUAACUGAAAAGCAAGCUUGCAGCAGACUGUGUUCCUGUAGAACAAAGACAGACCCCUUCACCAUCGCCUCUCCUGCACAGGUGUGGCCCCUCCUGAGGCCUCCUUCCUCUCCAGAGGGAGGAGUGUGUACACCCCACCCCACCCCUGGAGGUUAGGGUAAGGUAGGAGGCACUGGAGUGCCGGGGAAUCCAGGUGCCCAGCCUCCAGCGAGGGCAUCGCCAUAUUGAGUUGGCUUUUACUUAAGACAUCUCUGAGAAUUGCCUGAAA